AUGGCAAGAGAAAGAAAUAGGGAAAAGAAGAUUUGCCGAGGGCAACGAUUGGUACGAAAAACAUCUUCCUCUUCUGAUAUACAAAAUGCAAUUUCUACUGAGAUAAAUCCUAUUAUUGAAAUUACCCAUGAUCAUAAAACUACCCGAUUAGAAUCAAUGUCUACUGAUCAAACACAAAAUACCGGAAUCAAAAUUCCAUACAACAAAAGAGUAGAGCAAGUCUUAAGACACGAUCUAUCUGUAUUCAUUAAAGAAAAUAUUAAUAAUAAAUUUAGUGAAGUAUUUGAUAUACAAAUUCCUGAAUUCUUGCUAGAAGUAAUUAUAACAGGAUCUAGCAAAAUUACAGUACAAAAUAUAGCCGAUUUAUUUGUUAUAGCAAUGAAAGUUAGACAAAAAGAGAUUUAUGCUGAAAAUGAGGGAGUCAUGGGUUUAGAACCAAAAGAAGGUAAUCUUGAUAGAGAAGGUAUUGUUAGACAUAAUCUAUUAGGAAAAGGAAUUACUCAAAGAAUUUUUAAAGUAGUUCUAGAUCCUAAGGUAGUUGGGGAUGAUGAUAUUGGUCUUAGGAUUCUUGAUGGUUGUCUUCUAUUCAGCAUAUUAGAUGAUGUUAUUUUUAUAUUAGCUACAUUAAAACGUUAUGUUUCUAGAAACAAUAAGCAUUUUAGGGAUAUAUCUUUUCAUAUACAUGACUGGAAGAAGAAUAUCAUAAAAUAA